GGUAGAAGGGAAAAAUCGUAAUCACACAUCAAUACCAUCCACGAGUUUAACCCAACAAUCUCAAAAACAUGUCUACACAAUCUAUGAAGCGUUGCCACUCAGACGACCCGAUGACUUCAAGUUUCUACUCCCGGCGAGGAAGUCACACCAGCGAGUCCUCAGCAGAGGUCGUCGACUCGACUGACUCCGAGUGUUUUGAUGAUAACAAGGAAGUGUUCGGUGUCCUCGAGCAGAAGGUGGAUCGUUUGAAUGAUCUUUUCCUGGAACAAUGCAGACUUUUAACUGAAAUAAAAGAAGAACUGCAUGAGUCUAAAACAAUGGUGGACAAAUCCGAGUUCGCGCAGAAUAAAUUCCUCAACGAACUGAUGAAAAAAACUAUAGCGGAGAGCUCCUCAAAGCUGAAGGAGCUGGAGCCGCCAGCGGAGCCCUACAACAGCCGCUCGCGCAGCCUGCUCGCCGCCAUCGAGACCAAGCAGACCUUCUGCCUCGACCGGGAACUGAAGGAGGCGCUCACUGACUUGCUGCAGACCGAUGAGCUGAAAGAGAGGAUGGUGUCAGCGACGACGUCGGCGCUGGGCGAGGUGAUGCGCAGCAGUGUGGCCCGCGAACUGCCGCGGCUGUACGGGCCGCUGCUGCAGCGCCAGCGCCGCCUGCCGCGACAGCUGGCCUCCACGCUUGCACGCAGCUUCGCUCAGCUGGAAGCACACUCGACCCAACUAGCCAACUCAAUCUGCCGCGUGACGAGGUCCCUGCGCCGGGCGCUGGACCGGCAUCAGAGCCUGCUGGAGACCAGCGCAGAUGGCAACUCCAUUCUACGAUCUAUUGUUGAGGAAACAUUGCAGAAAGAAAUGCAGGAGUGGCGCCGCCUGGCGUUAGACACGUUGCUUCCAGUGGACAAUGACAGUGUGGGGUGUGAGUGGGCCGAGCGCGGGGCGACGCCUCCGCCCCUGGAGUACCCCGGCAGCCCGCCGCAACCUGCCCACCCCGAUAGCUCUAUCAUUGAUCAGUUGAUGAAAACAGCGGAGAUAAACAAGCAGAUUCAAGAUGGCGAAGUAAACAGCGCGUUCGAGCGCGCGCUCUCUGCUGCAGACUUGUCACUAGUAAUGGCCGCAUGUCGCGCGGCAGAAGUUGCUCAAGUAUUUGUGCCUUGUCGUCUAGAGCAAAACACCCUGCUAUCCCUUGCUCAACAACUGCCCACCGACAUGGUGCAUGACACACAGCUCAAAUGCAGAUAUCUAGAAGAAACUCUUCUGAAUCUAAAUCCAUUGCACCCUGUUACUCGAGCUCAUCUACCUCUAGUUGUUGGAGAAAUAAGGAAACAUCUUACUCAGUUUCUGGCCAAGUUUCCAAGCCACCUCGCCAACCGAAGAAUCAUGUUGAUCUUAAUGGCUGCUGAUAAUUUGUUAAAAUAAAAUAAACAUAUAUUUCGAAAUAAUCGAAGUUAUGUACGUUUUCGUAUACCAUUUACUAUAUUUUUUUAUUAAA